CGCAGCUCCUUUGUUCUGAACAUUGACUCGACAUUGACUCGAAGAAAGAUCACCGAGAUUUCCAGUAUGAAUGUCCUUAAGCUUCAGAGGAAGUUUCCUCAGUUUCCUCAGAAUGAGAUAUUCCAGCUUUCCGACGCCUUCCAGCGGCUGGACGUAGAAGACCGGGGAUACCUCGAUGAAGCAACGGCCAUUAAAGCCACCCAGCAAAGCGAAAAUCAGCCGUAUGAUGUUGUCAGACAAGCUCUGAAGGAAGUAGACCUCGACUCUUCACGGCGAGUAGAGCUCGAAGACUAUGUCGGACUUAUCGCUAAAUUGCGCGCCGGAUCGACCGCACAAAAACGUCUCUCUACUGGUCCUGGGCCAGCACCUUCUGGAGCUGGCGCCGCCCAAGGCCAUGCCUCAAAGGGCAGCGUAAGCGGCAAAAUCCAAGUCCAGGGAUCAAAUGCGAAUACUACGCAUACAAUCAAUGAAGAUGAGAGAACAGAGUUUACACGCCACAUCAACGCGGUUUUGGCUGGUGAUCGGGAUAUUGGUAGCCGACUUCCGUUCCCUACCGACACGUUUGAGAUGUUCGACGAAUGUAAAGAUGGAUUGGUUCUUGCGAAACUCAUUAACGACAGCGUUCCGGAUACUAUCGAUGAGCGAGUUAUGAAUAUACCCGGCCGGAAAACCAAAACUCUAAAUGCUUUCCAAAUGAGUGAGAACAACAACAUCGUCAUUGAGUCAUGCAAGGGUAUUGGGUGCUCUGUUGUCAAUAUCGGAGCGGGAGAUAUCAUUGAAGUGCGCGAGCAUCUUAUUCUUGGUCUCAUUUGGCAAAUUAUUCGACGAGGCUUGCUGGGAAAAAUUGAUAUCAAACUGCACCCUGAACUGUACCGACUCCUGGAAGAGGAUGAGACUCUGGAGCAGUUCUUGAGACUGCCUCCCGAGCAGAUUCUGCUUCGUUGGUUCAACUACCACCUAAAAGCCGCCAAUUGGCCCAGAAGAGUGGCAAACUUCUCUAGCGAUGUGAAGGACAGUGAAAACUACACCGUCCUCCUCGCGCAAAUAGGAGGAGAGUACGGCUGCACACGAGCUGCUUUGCAAACCAGAGAUUUAACGCAGAGGGCUGAAGAGGUGUUGCAAGAAGCCGAUAAGCUUGGAUGCCGCAAAUUUUUGACUCCGUCAUCAUUGGUAGCGGGCAACCCGAAACUGAACUUGGCAUUCGUCGCUAACCUCUUCAACACCCAUCCUGCACUUGACCCUAUUACCGAAGAGGAGAAGCUGCAGGUCGAAGAUUUCGACGCAGAGGGAGAACGCGAGGCGAGAGUCUUUACUCUGUGGCUAAACAGCUUGGACGUGCAGCCAGCUGUAGUCUCGUUUUUCGAUGAUUUGAGAGACGGCUCGGCUCUUCUACAGGCAUACGACAAGGUCAUUAAAGGAUCUGUUAACUGGCGCCACGUUAACAAAGCUCCCGCUCAUGGAGGGGAAAUGCUCAGAUUCAAAGCUGUCGAAAACACCAACUAUGCUAUAGAGUUGGGCAAGCAGAAUGGAUUUUCGCUCGUAGGCAUUCAAGGAGCAGAUAUUACAGAUGGCCAAAGAACAUUGACACUUGGACUUGUGUGGCAACUCAUGCGAAAAGACAUUACGCUGACACUAUCCUCUCUGGCACAAAAUCUCGGCAAGAAAGAGAUAACUGACGCCGAAAUGGUCAGAUGGGCCAACGAUAUGUCAAAGAAGGGUGGCCGUAACUCAUCUAUUAGGUCGUUCAAGGACCCUGCGAUUGGCUCUGGUGUUUUCCUUCUGGACGUCCUCAACGGCAUGAAGAGCAGCUAUGUGGACUAUGACCUGGUGACUCCCGGCCAAACGGAAGAAGAUGCAUAUAUGAAUGCGAAGUUGAGCAUUAGUAUUGCUCGUAAGCUUGGCGCGACCAUAUGGCUUGUCCCCGAGGAUAUUUGCCAGGUCCGUAGUCGCCUGGUGACGACGUUCAUUGGAUCUCUGAUGGCAACUCACGGUAAAGCGUAAAUCAUCUUUCAGGUUCCAUUUAAAUUCAUCAAUUUUAAAUGGCACUAAUUACCACUAAAUAUUAAUCAAAUCAUAUAAAUAACGUUAAUAAAAAAAGUUUCUAAGAUGACAGCUUCACAUCUGUAAUUGAGUUGAGGAGCUGUAAGUUACGAUCUCUCAUCUCUCGGUCGAGAGAGUCAACUUGCUUGGCAGUCAAUCUAACUUUGCUGAGCAAAGCUAGUGCCGUUGAAGAGUGAUCGAUUUCUUCGCCGUCGGCUGCAUUGCCUGCCGCAUCUAGACUACCAGUCCCGCCGCUGGUGGACUUGAACAGAGCGGCCUGAGCCUCUGCCUCCGCUAGCUCAGCGUCCUUGAUUUUUAGCUGACCUUGCAGCUGAUCAUUCUCAAGGUCUGCUUCAGUGAGCUUCUUCAUGAGCUGCUCAACAUUCAUCUCCCAUUCCUUCACCUUCUUGUUAGCUUCUUCCACUAGUGUGGUCAUGCUAUCAUUCAAGUCGCUAUAAUCUGCGUGAGCCGUCUUCUCCUUCAAUUCCGACGUUAUCCGCAGCUCCUCCAAGUCCUUGGACGUCAGAAUCAAGCUUUCUCGGGUAGCGGUAUAUUUGUCUUCCAUGUCGGCAAGGUUAUCUUUGGUAGACUUCAGCUCAGCUUUAGUAACAGCCAAGGCCUCCUGGAACGUCUUGGUAGUUGCCAUAAGUUCAGCCUUUAGGGUGUUGAUGGCUGUCAUAUCAGGUUUGGCGGUCUGAACGGCGUCUAGCUCAGCAAGUGCGGUCAUUCGCUCUACUUUUUCUAGAGCAAGCUGCUGGCCGACGUCAUCUGCUUCUGCUUGGACAACGACUAGCUGCUCCUGUGCCGUUUUCAGUGAAGCUUGGAGAGUGGCAUUGGUGGAAGCCUGAAGUGAUAGCUGUUUCUCUGUUGCUUUCAACGAGGCUUGGAGAGUCGCAUUGGCGGAAGCCUGAAGGGAAAGUUGCUCUUCCGCAGUUUUCAGUGAGGCUUGGAGAGUUGCAUUGGUGGAAGCCUGAAGUGAAAGUUGCUCUUCCGCAGUUUUCAAUGAGGCUUGGAGAGUUGCGUUUGUGGAAGUCUGAUGUGACAAUUGCUCCUCCAGGCUCGCACUCUGAGCUUUAGCUUCAUCCAGAGUAGCCCUGGAGCUCGCGUUUUGAGCCUUGGCUUCGCUUAAGCUGGUCUCCAUUUGCGCAUAAGCGACUGUUAGCUCUUCUAGCUUCUGGGUUACUUGGAGUCCCUCUUCUUUCAAUGCAGCCAGGGCAUCUGCAUGAGCAGUGGUGAGUUUCUCGAUUUCGGCAGCGU